AAGACAAAACAUGGUCUCUCCAUUUCGAGGCAAGAAGCAAGAUCCUCACUCUAAUUUAAUCUAUUGCGUUGUCUUGUAAAUUAAAGAUUACCGUCCUCUUUAGAUUUUUGUUUUAAUUAUAUUUUUCUUUUUUCGAUGUCCUCCAAACCCUCUCUGCUCUAACCUUUUUCUCACUGUAUUGGCUUUCUUUGUUUUCUCUUCUAAAGGACAAGAAACAAUAAACCAAAUAAAAAGCACUCCUUCAAUACGAGUGCUUUCUUUCUCUAUCUAUUCUGCGUCACCCAUCUUCUGAUUUUUCAUAUAGAUCGAGCUUUUUCCAUUUCAUCUGACCUGCCAAAAUUAGUGCAUGAUUUGCUGCUCUAUUGAGGAAUUUAUUUCAUUUAUUUAACUAUAUUAAGGUGGGAAACUCAUAGAUUCCUUCAAUGCAAAGACAGAGAAAUACAAUUGGUUCAAUGUCUGAAACGUUAGAAUUUGAUUGUGGAUCUACAUCAAAUAAUUCUACUGUGGAUCAGCAGAUUUGCUGGAAUAAUGUGCGGAAUCCUGCAGAGAAUCAAAUGCCUGACUGUAUUCUUUCUCCCAGUGAUAUGAACUCAUCUUAUGCGAAUUCUAGAAAUCAUGAAUGGCGAAAUUUGAGUGGAUGGAGUUUAGGAGAGCCAAGUUCCAGUAAUACACCAAAUGAGGUUGAUAAUAAUGAUCAAAAUAGAGAACUUGGAUGGUCAUCAACCAUAAAUGCUGGUGCAUUAGCUGGUCCAAGACUAGAAGAAAGGCACCUUGAACAAGGCAAUGCUCUUUCACUAGACAAUGGCAAUACGGGUCCAAUAUAUAUGCACAGCCCCAAUUCUCAUUUGAUGCCCCAGAGUAUCAACUUAAAUGCAGGUUUAGCGGACAGUGGCAGUGAUAAUAGUCAACAUCUGGAAUGCCCUAAUUUACACAAGUCUAGUGGGUCAGUAAAUGAGAGUAUACCAUCUAAUGUUGGAUCUGGUUCUUUUCCACUUCCUCCUGGAAAUAGUGGCUUACUGGUAAAAGAUAAUGAUGGUAGGUCAGGUUGUUCUCUCGAGACCCGACGUACAUCUUGUAAAAGAAAGGCUGUUGAAGGAAAUGCUGGACAAUCUUCAGGUGCUGGAAGUUCUAGCUACAGUCAGCAUACAGAUGGUAAUGCUUGGCUCCCCAUUCCUACUCAGGAUAAUUCUGGGAGAAGUUCAAGCAGAAAUAUUUCCUCAGAACAGGUAAAUGCAAGACUUGGACUGGGUAUGGGGGAUGAAGCAUCUGAAAACGUCCCUGAUUCAAACGUUGCAGGAACCUCAGAAAGCUUUCUCAGGAAUUUCCGGUUGAGGAUAAAUCCUUCAAACCAACAGAAUUCCAUUCCUCCCACAGCAUUCUCGACUGGCAGCAUGAUUAGGAACUCUGGUGUUUCUUCGUCCUCUCAAGUGUCACAAAGGUUUCAUCCUGUUGAUAAUUCUUUGAACUUGAGGUCAGCGCCACCAAUAAAUGAUACGAUUCCUCAUAGUCAGCCACUAGUAAUUCAUUUUCCUGCUUUGCCGAGGAAUAGGCAAUCAUUUAGAUGGAAUGGUAGUUCUAGCUCAAGAAACAUCCAUUCAUCAAACUCAGUUGUAUGUGCCAACAGGGAUCAGGAGGGUACAAGCUCAAGAAGUAUGUCUAGAAAUAUUUUAGAACGCCCAGUCUUUGUACCUGCAAGUGAUUUAAGAAAUUCUGUUCUAACUCCAACUAUUAGAGCUUCAAGCUCAAGUAGUGAAAGUUUAAGCAUAUCAGGAAAUGUUGCUUCUUCAUCACGGACUGGAUCAAAUCCAGCAACCAAUCCCCCAUCUGCCUCAACUUGGCCUUCUCAUACUAAUGCUCCCCAUCAUCCUUGGAGGUUAUCUGAAUAUGUCCGUCGGUCCUUGUUUUCUCCUGGUUCUGAUGCUAAUGGAAGUCCAAGCAAUAGUAAUUCUUCCUUGCACUCAAGUCUUUCUACAUCUGAAUCGAGGAUGUUAUCAUCUGGCACUGGAGCAAACCCAAGAUCAUCUUCAUGGUUGGAGAGGCAUGGAGAUACUGACUUUGGAAUUCCCUAUUCACUACGUACUUUGGCUGUGGCAGGUGAAGGAAGUAGUAGACUUGUAUCUGAGCUCCGCAAUGUUUUGGGCCUUAUCCGUAGAGGUGGUGGGAGCAUGCGAAUUGAGGAUGUUAUGAUCCUUGAUCAAUCCUUUCUUUCUGGAAUAGCUGAUGUUCAUGAUCGGCACAGGGAUAUGCGACUUGAUGUUGAUAACAUGUCUUACGAGGAGUUACUGGCUUUGGAAGAGCGCAUUGGAAAUGUGAGUACUGGAUUGAGUGAGGAAACCAUAUUGAAACUCUUGAAACAGAAAAAUUAUUCGGUUGAAACAGGAUCUCAGCUUGAUGCAGAACCCUGCUGUGUUUGUCAGGAGGACUAUGGUGAUGGAGACGAUAUUGGAACGCUUGAUUGUGGCCAUGAUUACCACAGGGACUGCAUCAAGCAGUGGCUAAUGCACAAGAAUCUGUGUCCCAUUUGUAAGACAACGGGCUUGGCAACAUGAGGUCUGCGACUUGGUCCUCAGGCAAAAAUGAUGACCAUGAAGAAAAAUGGCGCAAUUUACCCAGGAAGUUCUGGUGCUUUUGUGCUUCGUCAUACCUUGUUUUCUAUCUGUAGUGUAUUUUUGUUAUUAUUUCGUUUAUUUAUCUAAAGCCAACAAUCUCCCGGUCUAGGUGGUGGAUGGUUGAUGUGGAUCAAGGAGCAAUUAUUAACUCAGGUUGACAAAGCUUGGUUUACAUUCAUGAAAAUUUUUUACGUAGCACAUAUCAUUUUGGAUUUAUGCUGACAAGAAUUAUUGUUCAAACAUCAGAAUCGUAGGUACUGAAUUUUACGUAUUUGGGGUGCUCUCAUGAUUAUACUGUGCUCCCGUAUCAAUCAAUAUUAUAGGGCAUGGUUACCUUAGCUUGCUUAGGUUUGUCGACAUAAUGCUCCUAUUGCCACUAUGUUUGGGUCAAAGGAAAGGGAAGAAGGGAUUGACACUAUGUUUGGUUCAAAAGAGUUGAGAGAAGAGAGUUCUUUAUGGGGCGAAGGAAGAAAAGGUUGGAAAGGAGGCGGCCACAUUGAAAAACUGUUGGGCAACCUUAGCUAUUGCAAUAGUGAAGUGUUCACUUUGUCAAUAUUACCUAAUUUAUAUUAAAUUUGUAUGGACUAAAUUAGACCUUGAUUUGUAAUAAACAUUUUUAAAUAAGUUACAUUUACACCUCUUGAGAUUUAAUAAAAUUUCAUCAAUUAUAU